UAUUUAUUUCAGUGUUUGUUAUGAAUAAGUGUUUGGUUUAUAUUACGGUCGCGUUUCUCGCGAUCACCGGUAGUUUGGGUGCCAUAACCCCCGACUGCAAGAACUACAAGCAGUCGGGAUACGACUCUUUCGCGUGUGUCUGUACUGAGGGUCAGCCCUGCGAUAAGAUCGAGGGUCCGAUCAAAACAGCUGCCGGUGUGGUCACCAAAUGGGAGUCCAGUCGAGACGGCGCACGACUUCGCAAACAGGCCUUACAUUUCGGACAACAGUUGAACUCUGAAGCCGCGGCCGCACAAUUGCACAUCAAAGUGGACAGGGAUGUGAAAUAUCAGGAGAUCUUUGGUUUCGGGGGUGCGUUCACUGACUCGACCGGAAUUAAUAUCAACAAAAUGGGGGACAAAUUGGGCGCUCAGAUACUCGACGACUACUUCAGCAAAGAUGGCAUUGAGUACAAUGUCGGACGCAUUCCCAUCGGUGGCUGCGAUUUUUCUACCCGUGCCUACUCUCUGGACGACCAGACAGAGGACAGACAGCUUCAGAAGUGGAAUCUCACCAAUGAGGAUCUCGAUUAUAAAAUCCCAACCAUAUUAAAAGCCAAGGCAUUGGCCACUCAUGAGAUCCGGCUGUUUGGGAGUCCCUGGUCUGCACCCAAAUGGAUGAAAACUAACAACGAUUUAGCACAUGGAGGCAGUAUUAAAGGCCCCGUCGGCUCAGAGUACUGGCAAAUAUGGGCCAACUAUUUCAUACACUAUCUAAACGCAUAUAAGGCCCACAACAUCACCCACUGGGGGAUAACCAUCCAAAACGAGCCCCGGGCUAACCAACCAUUCAAUUCAAUGCUGUAUACCCCGGAACAAAUGCGAGACUUUUUGGCCAACACGUUAGGACCGGUACUUGAGAGCAAUGGUUGGGGAACAGACAGACUGAAAGUGAUGGUAUGGGACCAUAACUUAGAUGAGGUCCAGGAAUGGGUUCGCGUUAUAUUCGCCGACAAGACGGCCGCCAAAUACGCGGCCGGGACUGCCAUCCAUUGGUACACACAUUCACCGCAUACUAAUCUCGACGAACCACAUAAAUUACACCCUGAUAAGUUCAUUCUG